AUGAAUUCCGACGCUGCACCCGCGACUGUAAAAUUCCAAUGCAAUCUACCCUUUGCUUUGCUUUCUGUUUCUCCUGCCCUGGCUUCACUUCAUGCUAGUCGUGCACGCCUUCUGCUGCCAGAUUCUGCCAGCAAUUCCAACUCGACCCAGUGCUCGAAAUGCGGUGCUUAUCUUCUUGAUGGUCAAGGCACUGUUCGUAUUACCCGCACCCACAAAAAGAGAAGAAGAGUAAGAGGGCAGGACGACGAUAAUCAUAGACAAAUAUCCAUGCUCUGUCACAGAUGUGGAUAUUGCGACCGUAUACCUUUCAAAUCUACAGCACCAAAUGCUUUCCCCCAGACCAGGAAACCAAAGGCUCAUCCACCACGCUCAGAAAACAUACCGUCGAAAGCCUCGAGUCCUCCGGCAGAAGUACUACCUCUUACGCCACAGGUAUCCAGCUCACCUAUAAGUGCGAUUGUUGCACCUACUCAGGCUACAGUGUCCUCCACUCCCGCACGUCGUGCGGCUACUGCCCCUGAUGCCUCAGCUCGUAUAAAGGCUCGACCAAAGCAAAAAUCAGGUUUACAAGAAAUGCUGAUGCGCAAUAAGAAAAGAGAAGCGGAGGAAAAGUCGAAGAAAAGCAUCCCUCAGAAUACUUUGGCUGCAUUCCUGAGCGGACUGUAG